AGUGUAUCUGUAUCUGAUCUACAUGAAACCUUCGAGUAUGUCUGAAAAGAGCAAAAACACAACCAGAAGCUCAAUACCCUCUAAGUUUGGUAUGUUCUUGUCGUCUUUCAUCUGGUUUUUAGUAGUAACGCAUACAAUCUCUGUUGAGGCAGUAUCUUCUUAUGACUGUUCCUCGUUUGAUGAACCAUCUUCUCAUGCGUCCAAAGUUUAUGGGACAAAUCCAGGUAACAGUGAAAAGCUACAGCCUUGCGUUACUACUAAAAAACAUCCGCUGCUGUUCCAAUUUCCUGUAUCUCCAGGUCCCAAUUUAAUUCGCCUUCAUUUCAAUCCCUUCUCAUAUUCAGGCUUUAAUAUUUCCAAAGCAUUGUUCUCUGUCAGUGCUGCUCACUUCACUCUUCUGAAAACAUCCACUGCUUCGUACUCUAAAUGCCUUCCGGAUGAUUGUUACAUCGUGACGGAGUUCUGCAUCGAUGUCGACGACCAGGAGCUUAAUGUAACAUUCACCCCGUCACCGGAUGUUGCUGAUGCAUAUGCAUUUGUGAACAAGAUUCAGGUUGUCUCCAUGCCUUCGAAUCUUUACAUCCGAGAAGUCGUUUCGCUGCCCUUGAUUGGACAACCUUCCCCAUAUUAUAUCAAGAACUCGACAGCUCUCGAGAUGAUGUACCGACUGAACGUAGGUGGAGAUUUGAUCCCUGAGCAAGAAGAUACCGGCAUGCUUCGGAAAUGGGUGUCCGAUGAAAGUUUUUUGACGACUGAUAAAAGUAACAGGGAAUUAUAUCCUUCAGAUGAAUAUCGAUACUGGCUGCCAACGGUUAUCCUUUCUUCGAAUGUUCAAAUCAAGCCAAGUUCGACGAUGUCGGCAUACGUUGCUCCAGGGAAAGUUUAUGCUUCCGCAAGGACAGUUGCUUAUGAUGCAAGCAAUCAAAAUGGAGCUACAUGGUUACUGCCAGUCGACUCUGGUUUCUAUUACCUUGUUAGACUCCAUUUUUGUGAGAUCUCAAAUAAGAUUAAGGGCGUUGGUCAAAGAGUUUUCCAUGUCUAUAUUGAGGAUCAAACUGCUGAAGAUAAGGCAGAUAUAUUUCUCUGGUCUCAUGGAGUUGGUGUUCCGGUUUAUAGAGAUUACGUCGUAUACUUUGCCGAACAUGCCAAGAGGGGAACAAAUCUGUCAGUUUCAAUACGAAACAGCAAUGGUUCAAUCGAGAAAUCCAUGCCAGCGAUCUUAAACGGAUUAGAAAUUUUCAAGUUGUCCAAUUUCAACAACAGUCUUGCAGGAUCAUUUUCAUUUGGAAUUGGAAAGUACUCGAAUCCAUUGACAAGACAUGGUGGAAAUUAUUUAACUGUCGUAAUUUCUGGUCGAAUCUUCAUCAGCAUUCUUGUUCUAACUACUCUAUGGCAAUUAGUGGUUUCUUGUUGGAGAAGGCAGAGAGAAAUAUUUUUGCAGUCCCAUUCAUCGGACCAUUUCCGGUGCUUCUCAUUUGAUGAGGUAAAGUUAGCCACUAACAACUUCUCUGCUGCUUUACUUCUUGGGACUGGGGGUUAUGGGAAGGUUUACAAGGGAUUCAUUAAUGGUGGCACCGACAUUGUUGCGAUAAAACGAGCCAAUCCACGCUCUCACCAAGGGCUAAAUGAGUUCCAAACCGAAAUUUUUCUUCUGUCACAGCUCCGGCACUGUCACUUAGUCUCGUUGAUCGGAAGUUGCAAGGAAAAGAAGGAAAUGAUACUCAUGUAUGACUAUAUGGCAAAUGGAACCUUACGUGAUCAUCUAUACAAUAUGAAGAAGCCUCUACUUCCAUGGACGCGAAGGCUCGCAAUCUGCAUCGGUGCAGCUCGAGGGCUGCAUUACCUUCACACGAGUUCAAAGCACUGCAUCAUACACCGUGAUGUGAAGAGCACCAACAUACUGUUAGAUCAAAAUUGGGUGGCAAAGGUUUCAGAUUUCGGACUAUCGAAAAUCGGCCCCAACAUGCUAACUCAAUCGAAUACGCAUGUCUCUACGAUGGUGAAGGGCAACUUCGGGUACUUGGAUCCGGAGUAUUACAAGCGUCAGAAGUUAACCGAGAAAUCAGAUGUGUACUCCUUUGGGGUAGUGUUGUUUGAGGUACUAUGUGCUAGGCCUGCUAUUCUACAAGGAACAGAACACUUGGAGGAAGAGCAAGAGAAGAUAAAUUUAGCCGAGUGGGCACUGCAUUGUUACCAAUCAGGGAGGUUGGAUGAAAUUGUUGAUCCAUAUCUACAAGGUGCAAUAGAUCCAACAUGUUUGACAACAUUCACAGGUAUUGCAAGGAAAUGUUUGUGUGAUAAGGGCAUUGAAAGGCCAACAAUGGGUGAGGUGUUGUGGAAUUUGGAGCAGGCUUGGCUGCAGCAGGAGAGUGCUUGUUUACAAAACAAUGGCGACGGCGGUGCAGCUGAUGAAUCGUCUGCGAUAAUAGAUGUUAAUGGAGCGCAUUUAGAGGGCACUUCAGAUCUCAGUCCAGGAGUAGAGUUCUCCGAGAUCAUAGCUCCGAUCGGGCGUUGAGAAUUCCGAAGCUAUAAUAAUCCAUAAAUAUAGUUUUAAUUGUACAGUAUAUAUAGUACCACCCUGUCAUUGCUUCUUGAAACCUGAUGGUUGAGCCAUAUAAACAUCCUGAGUUCGAGCUUCUAUAAGGUAUGUGUAUUGUCAAUAGGUUAAGAAAAUAACCUUCUUUUAUACAACUAAAGCCGCUUAAUAGGUUCACGGUAAUAAUAAUCUUAUGUCGACUGGACAUUCAGAAAGUGGUGAUGAGUC